AUAAAGUGUUAUAGGCUGUUCAUAAAUUGGUCCAUCUUAUUUUAUUUCUUUGAUAGCUCAAAUUUUAAAAGAUGGGUUGUUCCAUUUCGCUUAACCAACCAGAUACUCCUAAGGAUUUUUCGCAUGUCGAAUUCAAGAUGCCGGAGUGUAGCAUAUGCGAGAGAGCUAUGACUCAUACUAUAUCCAAAUUCAAAGGAGUUACAUUAUGUGUGCCGGAUAAAGAGAACCAAAAGAUUAAGGUCUCUGGAAGUUUUAAUAAGGAGAAGUUGUUGAAAAAAAUCAUGAAAGUUAUUAAAGAAUUGGAGAUUCAUGAUGGGAAAAAUGAAGAGAAAGAUGAAUUAAUUCGGAAGAAACAAGAAGAAACUGAAAUGGCGAAAAUUAUGAUGUUGAAUGAUGAAAAUGCCAACAGAUGUACUAUUUCGUAAAGUGUAGUUUGUUAAAUGGUGAUCGUUUUACAGGUUUUUAGCAUUAAGUUUCAUAUCAUUUUAAAUUCAAAUCAUUUCUUUGGAGGUGGAGAGAUUCUAGAAAGAAAAAAAAAAAAAAAAAAAGGAUUGCAUGAACUAAUAUCUUCACAUUUCUCCCCAUUUUGUAGUUUGCAAAAUUAUUAUGUGUUCACUUUGUUUUUUAGUUGUGUGUUUUAAACUAUUCACAUAUUUUUAAUAAACUAAUUUUCU